AUGUGGAGCGGCAACUACGCCACCAGUCAGACUGAGGUGCAACGAUACUGCAAUGUGAGCACUGAGCGACGGGCCAAGGCCGCCCUUUACCUCAACUUCAUCGGCGUCGCCCUCCUCAUCAGCUGCGCCUGUCUCUGCGGCAUUGCCCUUUACGGCUUCUACGGUCACUGUGAUCCACUGCGGGCGGGCGCCAUCACCAAGACUGACCAGCUGAUGCCGUACUUUGUCAUGGCCGAGCUGCAGCACCUGCCCGGACUCGCUGGCCUUUUUGUUAGCUGCGUCUUUAGCGCCUCUCUCAGUACAAUGAGCAGCGGAUUCAACGCUCUGGCGACUGUAACAUAUGAUGACUUUCUUGGUCAGACGGCUUUCAUGAAGGCGCUGCCGGAGAGGAAGGUGCAGAUGGUGAGCAAGGCGGUCGCCUUUGGCUACGGCAUCCUAGCCAUUCUCAUGGCCUUUGUAGUUAGUCAGAUCAACUCUAUUUUGGAGGCAGCCAUCUCCAUUGCGGGCGCUCUGGUCGGCCCAAUGUUUGGCCUUUUCCUCCUCGGCAUCCUCUGUCCGUUUGCCAACGCCUUUGGCGUCCUCUGCGGCCUCUUUACCGGCGAGUUUUUUGGCCUCUGGCUGCUCAUUGGCUCGCUCACCUUUCCGAAGAAACCGCAAAUGUUGCCCACUGAAAUUGACCAGUGUCCAGCUAAUGCGACCGCUUCUUUUGCCACCUCGGUGUUCACCUCUGGUCCGACGGUGACGCCGUUGAACACCGAUGACCCCGAUCGAACGGGAAUGCUGCACUUUUACCAUAUCGCCUUUCUCCUGGUGCCCGUUUUUGGUUGUUUCAUUUCACUCAUAGUCGGCUUCAUCUGUUCACUACUUUCAGGUGGCACGAAAACGGCACAGAAGGUGCCGCCGCAGUACCUGAGCAAGGUCGCCUGGCUUCUGUGGCCGGCGCACCUGUUGCCUGAAAAGAGCAGUAGUAUCGACUCAAUUGAGUAUGGCAGCAAUGGCAUUACUACUAAAAGCAAACCGGGAUCAGAUGGGAACAACGUAAAAAACAAUAACAACAACAACAACAACAACAACAACAACAAUGUCAAACCGAGUGACAUUCAGAUGACGCAGUGUGACGGCACUUCGCCAAAGAAGAACUUUGGCAGUGAAAGCUGUCGAUCAGGUGGAAAUCCACAUUUUGAGAAUGUCAAACGCAGUCGCAUCAUCAAACAGAACGCAUUUGACGAUGACACCGGUGAGGACGGUGAUGAGAAGACGAAGAUCCUCGCCUACCGAGCUUACUCGCCGGAGACGGAAACCUCACUGACGACUGACACCUCGCCACGGCCACCCGGGGGCGAUCGUCGCGACUUUUCGCCUGCCACCACUAUUUCAGGUCCUUCCACUUCUGACUACUCCAGCACAUCUUCCAUUUCACCCUCCUCUCCGGAGACGGUGCGCAAAUCGUGA